UGUAAACUAAAUAGCUAAGGUAAUGCUACCUUUAUGCAAGAUAUAUCAAAAAGUGAUUGAUGAUAACAAGUUUCUCCAUACACGGUUAAUGUAUAUGUACAGCAGGUAUGCUGAUUGAGCCAUAUUAUGGAUUCCACCAACCAUAAACCUCUCCAAAUAAUGCAGAGACUGGCAUAAAACCGGGACCAAAUAAUGAAAAAAAUAAUGCCAUCGCACUGAUGAACUGGAUUAUGACGAUGUUUCUACCUUUCCUCAUACUAGACUCUACGAAAAGUAUGCUUAUCGAUUUCAUAUCCCUCACUCUCUCUGUGUAUGAUAAAUGUCAGCUAUCAUAGCACCGAAACGAUGGUUUACAUAUAUAUGACAACUUAGUUAUUUUAUUGUUGUUUUACGCCGCACUCAGGAAUAUUUCACAUAUACAAGGGCGUCCAGCAUUGUGGUGGGGAAAUUGAUGACGAAUUAAACAGGAAGUUUUUGACAAGGCGUAUGGUGCUUUUAACUUUUCCUGUUCAUCGUUAAAUUUUGCCACCGAAGUCCAGAAUUGGAACUGCAUGAUGUUGUGUGCGGUAACAAGCUUGGCGACAACUGUCGGCCUUUUCAUUGUCUUCGUGGAAUUACGUGUAUCAGGUGUCGAUCCCUGCCAAGGAAACGUGGCUUGUGGCAACGGAACCAAGUGUUUGGCAACGGGUGAUCACCUGGACGACUAUAAGUGUGAAUGCAAAACAGGGUUCCAAAAUAUUACAAAGGAUGUCAACCAACCCUUUACCUGUAUUGAUGAAAAUGAAUGCAUCAUCAAGUCCCCGUGUUCAUUCAUUGAGGAGUGUGUUAACACAUACGGGGGUUACCGCUGUAACUGUGAGAAGGGAUAUGCGGUCAAAUCCGGUACAUGCUCAGAUAUAGACGAAUGUGCGGACAAAGAAGCCUGUGGGACUGGGACGUGUAACAAUACGUACGGAUCGUACGCGUGUGAGUGUGAGGACGGUGGCGUGAUUCAAGGUACACCAUGUAAAGACAAGACGUUCCGGACAAUAAUUGUUGCCGUGACUAUGGGUGUCGUGGGGCUGCUGGUGUUGUUGUUAGUUCUCGGAGGGCUGAUUCGCGCCAGUAGAAGAAAACCUCGAGCUGUUCAACCACUCUGCACUCUUUCUUCUCUGCAACGCGUGGUCCGUACCUCAGAACCUGAAAAUGGAGAUGGAAGACUUCCAGAUACUGGAAUACGUUAUAUGCUGAAAGAGAAAUACACAAUUCCAUCACAAUAAUUCAGUCGGCGGAGAGGAAAGGGAAUGUUUCUAUUCGUUGUCUAAAUAUUGAAACUCCAGGAGCACGUGUACAGACCUAUCGUCUCAGUUAUAUUCAGAAUCGAUCCAGCUAAAUGUUUACGUGACACAAACUUUUUAGGCUCACUUCGAGGUUAUAUGUUUAUAUAAACGAUGAUAAAUACCAUGAUAAUUAAUUACACUGACUUUCACACUUUGGUUUCAUAAUUUUGUACAUCUAAUCAGCCUCAUCACAUGAUGUCCAGCGUUUACAGCCUGAUGGUAAAAGUCACCUGGAUUGUUUUUAAACACUGAAAAGUUCAGUUUUAUUUCGUCACUCUACCAGACCCUGUCGUGAACAACAAGCCACCUUAAACAGGAAUAAUGACGUAUCUCUCUCUCGCUCCACAGAAACCACUGUGCUAUUAUCGUAUGCUAACAGUUUUUUUAGAUCCCAUGUAUCUGAAGUUUGUGAGAAGGAAGUUAGACAGCCGAGCGCCUUAAAGUUUAUGAGCUAUUUGCUAAACGUAAAACGUACUAUCUCAAGACAUUUGUGAGAGUUCAUUUUCUCCACUGGUCUCCGAUGCUCCGAUACGUAUAUAAUGACUUACUAAUCAAAUAGCGACCUUCUUGAUGAUGAAUUCAAAUUUGUGCUCAAUACUACUUCAUCGACGGAGACGGCCAAGGAUGAGAGAUUUUUAAAUCUAUGAAAAGUUAAACUUCUUGGUGCAUUCAGUCUUUUCUGUGUCACGAGCACGCAUUAUAAUCUCAGAGCUAAAUUUACACCGGAAGUUCCACGAGUAAAAACAAACACUUUUCUUAAUAAUUUGUUAUGAUUUAUUGUUCUAGUCAAGUCUGUGAAAAAUUUAGGAAUACUAAAAAACUUAAAACUAAUUAUAUGAGUCCGAUUGUAAUUUUUGACUGAUUCGGAAUAAUAUGUAAACAAAAUCAACUUCUAGGAUAUGAAACGGUACAAACGAUGUUCUUGCAUUUGUUUCCGAUUGAUACACACGGUAUAUAACAUACCUCAUUUGUCUGUCUAUUUCUCUUUUUAUAUUCUCUAUUAAUUUAUUAUCGAUAACCCUCUUAAUAUGUAUGUAUGAAUGUAUGCUUGAGGUUUUACGACGGACUGUUUCAAAAUCGUCAUGUGACGACGAGGAGUACUGCCUAUAGAUGAUGGGAUAGCGCUCGCCACGAAUGACAUUAACAUGAGUCGACAGUUCAGCUUAGCUUUCAAGGAAGAAGGAAGGUGCAUAAAGUGACACACUACCUCUAAUCUAACAAUGAUAUGCAGUAAUUUAGUAUAAUUGUGGUGGAUUUCAAGUAAUUGAGGGAUUUGAUUAUGCCUGUUUGAUUUCACGUUCUCGUUUAUGAUUAGUUGGAAGUUUCAUGUGAGUCAGGGCAGGGGAAGGGAGGGAUUUGUAAGGAAGCCGAUAGAGAUCACAUCCCUGUUUCGCUGCCUCGUUACCUAGUUUCGCUCCCUCACUGUAUUAGAAAUGUCUAAGUAGCUAGAUGUCCUCUAUCGACUUCCAUAUAGAUUUCUCUAUUUAUUUCAUUGCGAUAGAAUAUUCAACUUAUACAACGGCGGCCAGCAUUAUGGUGGGAAGAAACCGGACGGAACCUGGAGGAAACCCACGACCAUCGGCAGGUUGCUGAAGACCUUCCCACGUGCGGUCGGAGAGGAGCCAGCAUGAGCUGGACUUGAACUGCAUUGGCGAGAGGAUCCUGGGUCAUUUCGCCUUGCUGUCAUCCUAACGACCUCGGACACGGAGGCCCACGAUUUGUUUUAAAAUAAGCGAAAAUGCAUACACAUCGACAGUUGAUAAUUAUCACCCGUUUAAUUCGUCACGUGUAUUAACUUAAAUUAUAUCAAUUGCAGUAAGCUUCCUGCUUUCGGUGUGCUAAUGCAAAUGAUAAUUGUUUAAAAGUUACCGUCAUUUUAAGAUUCUGUAGAACACGUGAUGACCAUGAUAUUGAAUGUAAUAUAACAUUUGCGCAUGGAGAUACGUAUAAAGAAACAUGACUAUGAAACAGCCUGAAAUUAAAA